AUGGGACCGAAGGGACCGAAUGGGCCAAAUGGCGAACCUGGACAGCCUGGAAAUCCAGGCGAACCCGGCCCGCCAGGAAGACCAGGACCCCCAGGAGAGCAAGGAAUUUGUCCCAAAUAUUGUGCUAUUGAUGGAGGAUGGUACACGUCGUUAAAACGAGGGAAGUCUAUAAGUAUAUUGCAGUUCCAUUUCAAUGGUUGA